AUGGUGCCAUGGUCUAGCAGAUUAUUCAUACUGAAAGUGAAAGCUGAGGUCCAUUACUACAAGGAGGGCACACCAGAGGAGAAGACCUACUGCAUAGAAUUAUGGGAUGUUAGAGGAUCUGUGGGCUGUGCCAGCAGUCUGAGCACCAGAGUGGUUUUCUACAACUCUGUCAAUGGAAUUGUAUUUGUUCACGACUUGACAAACAAGAAAUCCAACCAGAACCUGCAACGCUGGUCACUAGAGGCCUUGAACAAAGACUCCUCCCCAACAGGGGUAAUUGUCUCCUCCAAUGAUUACGACAGAGAGCAGUUUGCUGAUAGCUCCGUGCCUUUUCUCCUGAUAGUCACCAAGUUUGAUCAGAUCCCAGAGAACAAGAGGAAUGAUGUUCUCACCAGGACAGCUUUCCUGUCUGAAGACUUCAAUGCUGAGGAGAUCAGCCUGGUCAUAGAGAAGAGAUACUUCACAAGAGACCCAAGUCAAAUGACAGGUUUCACAGAGAGGAAACGCUUCAACUUCAAAAGCCCCCACUAUGGCUGAGAGGAACACCACAGGUCUCUGUGGUUUCAGCAUGCCUCUGUGCAGUCUCUCACUCAACAAGUCAACUUCCCUUUGUUUCUCUUUCUCUCUCGCUCUCUCUCUCCCGCUCUCUCUCAAUGACAUUUCUGUGUAAAUACUUCACCAGUUAAUUUUUUUGGACUGCAAUAGAGUGGGCACCUAAAUAGUGGAAGGCAUCCUGGGUAUGCUUGGGGAAAUUUUGGUUCAAAUGCACACAGCAUAGUUAUAGGAAUUGAUUUAUUAAAUAAGUUGUUUUUUUAUACUUUCAACAAAUGUAAUUUAUGUAAUUGUUAUCUUAAAUAUUUGUUUGCUAUGUUCGCAAAUGGAUUGUACAUUGUGUGCAUCCCAUUUUAACAUGUAAAAUAAUAACAAACAUGACACAGUAAAGAUGUAUUCAGUGUUUACAUUUAUUUUCCAAUACUAAUUGCUAAAAAAAACAUUUGUGUAAAAUUGAGACAACAUUAAUCCUGGACACUAAGGUAUUUUCGUCUACACAUGGGUGUCCUUGGGAUGAUCACAUUCCUUGGAAGAAGUAAGAGCAUCCCUGGGUCCAAGCAUGGGAUGCUUCCUGUGGUAUUGUUGAAUAGGACCCGUCCUUAGUGCUUGUCAAUUAUUGGUCUAAGAGUUUGACCACCCAUUCCGGGAAAUUAAAGCGACUAGAAGAAAACCAGUGUGGAUGAGCAUACAAGGUGUGUGUGCCCUGCUGUAAACUGUGUAGACUUAGGGUGUGUGCUAUGAAUCACUCUGUUUUACAAGUACAGGAACAGAUACUAGAUUAGAUUAGAUGACCUGUAUUGUCUACUUAGGUAAAUAAAUACGUUCUUAUGGUCAGCACUCAGCACAGAGUCGACUCACAUAAUGCAGUCAGAUCCAAACAGAUACAAACAAAUCAGAGAGAGGGUCAAAACAGAAGGUCCAGGGCAAGGUAGCACGUCCGGUGAACAGGUCAGGGUUCCAUAGCCGCAGACAAAACAGCAGAAACUGGAUCACCAACACGACCAGGUGGAAUUGGAACGGGGACAGCCAGCUACCACCCAGGACACCAUCGCGGCCCGUGGAAAAUUAUUUUUCGUAGGCCCUCCUACAACUAAAUAGUCAGAGGAUAAUCAAGUCCUUAUCAAAAAAAGUCUUAUCAAUUUGGUUCAUAGGCUAAUGAUUUACCUCAAUCGUGAUCAAAUGAUCAAACACUUUCACUUUUACAGUAUAUGCGUUCUAUAAAAGCUGCAAGAUUUGAGCUGUAGACCACUAUACAAGAAGAGCCUGAAACAACUCAAACAAUUCAGCAAGCAACCUGCCUGCCCGAAAGCAUCCAUUCCUUAAAGAUACCGGCUCAAAAUGAACCCAAGUGUUAGAGAGUUCUGGUUCCAGUCCGGUCCGGCCAAAAAACAGGAGACGCUUCACUCUUCAAGAACUGAGAAAAUAAAGGAUCUCCGGACUACAGUGAUGAGGGAACCAGUGUAUCUGAUUGAGGGGACUCACCAAAGAUUGCAGAAUUCAACCGCCCUCGGUUAUGUCCAGUCUGACCCAGCAGUUUCUACAGUGAUGAUGGAGGAACCAGUGUGUCGGAUUAAGAACGACAUCGCUCGUGUGUUUGAGCCCCUGGAGGAGGCUUUGAGUCAUGGAUCCUACAUUCACCCAGGGGGUUACAAAGACUUCCAUGACAACCUACAGAAGCUAACCAAGCAAUACAGAACAGAGAGAGGCAGAGGAGUUAUGAGUGAGGAACUAUUGAGAGAGUAUCUGGAUGAGAAGGCUAGAGUGGGGAAUACUAUCCUCUUGGUUGACCAGACACUCAGCAAAGAAGAACACAAAAGUGAAGUGGAGAGGGUGAAGAAGGAGGCAGCAGAACAGGCUCGGAGAGUGGCAGAAGAGCAGAUUCAGAUUCAGCAACAGCUGAUGGAAAAGAUUGAGAAAGAUCGAGAGAUCACCAAACAGGAAUAUAAACAAGUGCUGGAGGCCAGACUUAAGGAGCUGAAGGACCUAACGGAUAAAGGCUUUAAGGAAAUAGGAGAAUACAUGGAGAAAAACAAAAACAGCAUUCAAAGUAACGAUAAUCCAACUCCUCAAAAUAAUGUCUCCAAAAUGUUGGAUGGAGUUGGGACUAUUUGUUCCUUUGUUCCUGGCGUUGGCACUGCGAUUGGGGGCGGUCUUAUUGCCAGUGCCAAAGCUUUAGACUACGCAUCAGAACUCGUAAAGUAACUGUCCAGUGUUUCCAGAUUUCUAUAAAAUGUGAUCAAUUAUUUAUAAAAAUGUGAGGGAAAUAUUUUCCUUAAAAAAAAUAAAGUAAUUAGGUGUGUUUUCUGUGUUGGAAUGAUGCUGGUCUGUACAGAAACAGAAGGGUGUGAGUGUAUACCGGUCAUUGUAAAUAUUCACGCAAGUAGACCACUGAUUGGCCAGCUUAGCCAAUGAUGCAGGAUGGCAUCAUUCUCUAUGAGGAAAUAGCGUACAUUUUAAAACUGUCUGUUUGAGAUACAAAGUUUGACGUUGUUUAAAAAAAAUAUAUAUUCUCCAAUUUAUGCUUUGGCCACAAUUACGAGUAUUGGAUGAGUCAGCAACAGUAUUUCGGUAUGAGGUAACAGAAUAUGCACGAUUUCCACUGGACAGUUACUUUAAAGGGGCAACAGCCCAAAUGCAUACUGUACUUUGUAAUAGAAACAAAUAAGCUGCAAUUGGCAGGCUGAUGGCCAGGCACCACAGGCUGUGCUUGGUCAGCUGAGGGCAGGCUGAUGGCCAGGCACCACAGGCUGUGCUUGGUCAGCUGAGGGCAGGCUGAUGGCCAGGCACCACAGGCUGUGCUUGGUCAGCUGAGGGCAGGCUGAUGGCCAGGCACCACAGGCUGUGCUUGGUCAGCUGAGGGCAGGCUGAUGGCCAGGCACCACAGGCUGUGCUUGGCCAGCUGAGGGCAGGCUGAUGGCCAGGCACCACAGGAUGUUCUUGGCCAGCUGAUGGCCAGCUGAGGGCAGCUGAAGGCCAGGCACCACAGGCUGUACUUGGCCAGCUGAAGGCCAGCUGGAGGCCAGGCCCCACAGGCUGUACUUGGCCAGCUAAAGGCCAGCUGAAGGCCAGCUGAAGGCACAGGCACCUCAGGCUGUUCUUGGCCAGCUGAAGGCCAGCUGAAGCCCUUCUCAAUAAUGAGAUAGGUUGAUAUUUUGAUCCAUAGUAUUAUUAAAAAGUAACAUAAAUUCAACUGGUAAACGUUGAUUGUUAUAUGAUUAAGGGGGGAAACAUUACCUUAUGAGGGUGGUGCCUGGCCUUAAAGCCACAGUCUAAUGAAUUCUGUUUGAUUUUCCUUUUGACUUAGUCCCUUAAUUCUUCCAGCGUGUUUUCCUUUGACCUACUUUUAGAUUUUUUUACUGUAAAGUGUAUUGCAAUUUUAAAUAAAGAUUGAUUUGAUAGACAAAUGAUUUAUAAUAAUGUUAUAAUUUGUUGAUUAUAUCUAAUCCAGUAAUGAUGAGUCGAUUAUUAACUUUAGAAAUACGUUGACAAAAUAUUGCCAAAAUGUCUAAUUACCUCUAAUCACUUAAAUUACUUUAUGACAAAUAAUGUAACCUUAUUGUAAAGAAUUACCAAAUAUGAUAUCCUUUCAACAUGUAAAAGAUGACACAGUAAAGAUUUAUCAUUAGAAAAAGUUUGAUUUUAAUAAACGUUCUAACUGCAGUGAAAAGCAGUCAUUUGGGGGCACGCCAACACUGGAUAGCUACGCCGAUCUGAAUAAUACAUUUUCUAAUGUAAACAAAAUAAAAUCUGCUGAGACAUGUA